AUGGCAAGAUCGAGGUCUCCAGCUAGGAGAGCUACUCGGCAAACUUCAAAGUCACCGUCACGCAGUACUGCUGCAAAAACAGCUAAUGGAACUGUUAAAAGCCAUUCACAGAAACAGACUCCACCAAGACGACAGUCAAAAAGCCCUGCCAGAGCUCAGCAAAAAUCGGCUUCAAAAGAACGGGCGAGAAGUCGAUCGAGUAGCCGGAUCCGGGCUAUGAAGGAGGCAGCAGAAAGACAGAGCACUCCACCUCCGAAAGUCAAUGUGGCUCGUCGAAUAACUUCUUUUUCCAAUGAAAUUGACAACAAGUCGAAGCCUAAUACAAAGAGUACUGUGACAAUAGGAAAAGAAGUGAAUGAACCUCUUUUCAAACGUGAAUACGUGGCUCCGCUUUUUACUCGUGAUGGAGACAACAGUCUGUUCCACCGUAGAAUCACGGGGCAGAAUGAGGGUUCUUCAUCCUCUAAUGAUCGUUCAAAGCCUGCCAGUGUUUUGCAGAAGAGGAGUAGGGGAUGCGAGCGUGUUAACUGUUUCCUAAACGCAGUUCAGUUGAACAUGGUGAAAUUCAGAUAUUUGUACGCGACAUUACUAGUAAUUUUCACUGCAUUUUGUGUGAUAUGUUACACAGGACACAAAGUAAACCAAACGAUCAAAAAUAUUCAGGAUCAUUUGGCUGAUUACGCUGUCAACGUUGUCUCUAGAUACUUCGAUAAAGCGUCAAAAAAUGUAACUGAUUGA